AUGGCCCUCUGGGACGACAGUACACCACGGUACCACGCUGCCGUACUCUGGCUCGUGCAGCUGGGUUCCGUUCCCAGUCCCGUGGCCAUUAUGCCAGACGGUAGCCGGCGGUUUGCACGGCGAACCGGCGCGGACCUUCGACGCACGUACGCCGUCGGAACGCAACUAUUAAGUCUGGCUUGUCGCUGGUGCUUCGAAGUGGGUGUCGGCCAAGUGACAGGUUUCAUAUUCGCAUUGCGUCACCUACAGCGCAGUUAUUUCGAAAAGACCGCCCUCAUCUCUGGAGUCGUGGACAACUGGGUCAACAGCCUGUACACUCUGGAUGUCACAGCUGAACUGGUGGAUGCCUAUAUCGCCCACACUGAAUGCCCCGACGUGGACAUGUUGAUGCGCUUUGCCGGGUCGAAGCUCAGUGACUUUAUGAUCAUGCAAUCUCGCGCUCUCAACGACUUCGUGCUGCACUACGAGCCGCUCUCGUACGAGCCCAUCAGCGUCAGCAGCAGGCGCUGGAAACGCUCGGUUACGCAACGCCAGGCCUCACACAAAGUAGAACUGGCAUUCAGGUCCCACAAUAGGGAGUUCAGGCUGCGCCUCCAAAGAGACCGUUCCGCCUUCACCGAAGACUUCACCAUCGAGACUCGCCGAGGCCCGAAAUCAGAGAACCUGGAUCAUCUCUAUUCUGGUGAUGUCGUUGGCGUGCCUGACAGCCGCGUGGUGGGAUCCAUCAUCGGAGGCGUGUUCAGCGGCCGCAUUUCGCUACCUCGCGAAGGCGAAGACUUCUACGUGGAGCGCGCCGGUCACUUCUUCCAGGACCCGCUGCCCCCUUUCCACUCGCUCAUAUACUCGGCGAAUGACGUCAACUUCGCUGGAGGACGCUGCGGUCUACACGGCACCACGGUGGAUGCUGUGGAACGAAUUCGACGCCAAUACCGACGGCAUCGUCAAGCUCGGAACACUUCGAAUUGGACGCCGUCAGGGCGCGCUGGGCUCGCGCCGCAGCUGGAUCCGGUCCGAAAGACGUACGUCCAGCGCGUGUGCAACCUCGAGAUCGCCGUGGAUCACACGCUGUUCGAGGCAGUGUCCUCCUGGCAGGUAGGCGGGCCGGACAAGAUCAUCAGGGCCCGCCAGGAGUUGACCAGCAUGGUGGCCAAGCACGUGAAAGCCGUGUCCGAGAUCUUCGGAAGCACCAACUUCAACGGUCUCACGGGUAUCGAGUUCGUGGUCCAACGCCUCGUGAUCAACGACACUAGCGACUGCGAAGGGGCGGCCAUGCUGACGAACCCCUUUUGCCCGGACAGCCUGGACGCUCCCCACGCGCUGCACGAGCUGUCGAAGAUAAACCACGACGGUUUCUGCGCGUCGUACCUGUGGACCCACCGAGACUUUCCCGGAGGAACGCUGGGACUCGCCUACAUGGCUGAACCUGAUGGUUUCUCGGGCGGCAUAUGCGAACAGUUCCAGUCCGGAGGCGGUGUGGUGGUGGACACAGGCACCACGGGCUACAUCGGCAGGCUGAGCCUCAACACGGGCGUGGUUACCUUCCUCAACAAGAAUAUGCGCGUGCCACAGCGGGUCUCCGAAAUCACCUUCGCCCACGAACUUGGCCACAAUUUCGGAGCACCGCACGACGAGCGUCCGGACUGUGUUCCCGACGGUUCCGGCGGCAACUACAUCAUGUAUGCCAGCGCAACGCGAGGCAACAAGCCAAACAACCGGCGUUUCUCCAUAUGUAGCGUGCGCAACAUAUCGGCUGUCCUCAUGCAGAUGUUCACGAACAGCGGCUCCCGCCCAAACUGCCUUCAGGAACCACAAGGCCCGUUCUGCGGCAACUCCAUUCGCGAGAUGAACGAGGAGUGCGAUUGCGGCUACGAGAGACAGGACUGCGGUGCCGAUGUGUGCUGCUACGCGCGCAAGCACGGCGAGAUCAACCGCAAAUCCUGCACACUCAAGCCCGGUGCCGUGUGCAGUCCGAGUAAUGGAGCCUGUUGCAGCACUGACUGCCGCUUCCACAAUACGUCGACGGCAUGCAGGCCUGAAAACGACUGCACCUUCGAGGCUUACUGCACCGGCCAAAGCGGCGAGUGCCCUCCUUCAGACUGGAAGCGCGACGGCACGCUGUGCAACCACGCCACUCAACUGUGCGAUGCCGGCGAGUGCAGCCAGUCUGUCUGCCGGCUGUACAACCUGGUCGAGUGCUACCUGACCGGGUCGUACCUGAGCAUGGAAGACAUGUGCCUCAUCGCCUGCAGGGAGGACGUGCCGGGAAGCGAAUGCAAGGAGGCAUGCAGCUUCGAGCGGAUGCGCGACUUCUGCGGCAGGCGCAUGGAGCCGGGAGCCCCGUGCCACGACUUGCAGGGAUACUGCGACGCCUUCCAAAGGUGUCGCUUCAUCGAUGCCGAAGGCUUGCUCUCCAGGCUCAAACGACUCGUCUUCGGAGGCAAGGGCGCGGGCAGCGCACUUCUGCGCUACUGGUACCUGACAGCGGCCGCGGUCGUGCUGUGUGGUGCGGCCACGGUCGUGUUCGUGCGAGCUUGCGCCGUGCACACGCCGAGUACCAACCCGCACCUGCCGCCGGAGAGGACCAUCAUUUCGAGUGCGCGCCACCCGGUCGCCUUGCUCAAGGACAUAAUGCGCUUCCAUUGA